CCUCCUUCCCUAAUACGGAGUCGACGACGCCGGAUUGCCGGCCUACAACUCCCUCUACCUUUUUCUCGAUAUAUAUAUAUGUGCUCAGAUAUAGAAAUUCCCUCUUGUCCGCCGUUACGGUGUCAACUGUUCCACGCUUAUUUUUUAGACUUUUUUUCAUUUAUUCUUGGGUUCUCCUCCGCACUAGACGUAAAAAUGCCUUUCAAGCCAGUAGAACAUCCAAAAUGCCCCAAGUGCAGCAAAUCUGUAUACGCUGCGGAGGAACGCGUCGCCGGAGGACUUAAAUGGCACAAAAUGUGCUUCAAAUGCGGUCUCUGCAGCAAGUUGCUCGACUCGACAAACUGCUCGGAGCACGAGGGUGAGCUGUUCUGCAAAGUCUGCCACGCCCGUAAAUUCGGUCCCAAGGGUUACGGUUUCGGCGGUGGCGCAGGAUGCCUCUCGAUGGACCAGGGGGAGCACCUGCAGAGAGACGGUGACUUACGGGGCUCGAGCGCGGUUAUGGAGCCAAGGGCGAUAGCCAAAGCUCCUGAGGGCGAAGGAUGUCCAAGAUGUGGAGGAUUUGUGUACGCUGCUGAGCAAAUGCUUGCACGUGGACGACAAUGGCACAGGGAAUGUUUUAAAUGUGGCACCUGCUCGAAACGAUUAGAUUCCGUCAACUGUUGCGAAGGUUCUGACAAGGAUAUUUACUGCAAAGUCUGCUAUGGCAAGAAGUUCGGUCCAAAGGGUUACGGCUAUGGUCAGGGUGGUGGUGCCCUUCAGAGCGACUGCUACGCUAACGGGUGGGUUCAUAAUUGACAAAUACCAUUUAAAAGUUCAUUUUUUCAUUAUUAUUAUUAUUAUUAUUAUUUUGCAAAAAAAACUCAAAGGCAGAGCAAUGUCUGCCGGCUUAUUAUUGUCAUUAUUUUAUUACAUUAUUAUUAAGAUUAUUAUCAUUAUUAAUAAUAAUUAUUAUUUAUUUAUUACUAUAAUUAUAAAAUGAAUUAUAAUAAACAAAGGAUAGAAAUAUUUUGUUGGCUUCUCUGCUUAACAGCUUGCUAUCCGAAGAAAUUCGGGCCGCGGGGCAUUGGUCAUGCAGGACUUGUAUGGCUCGGGCUGCAGUGCGACAUUGAGGACGAUAACGAUGCAGCUCCUCGAACAAAAGUGAGUGAUACUGCAUCUAUACAAGCACCACCAGGAAAAGGGUGUCCUCGAUGUGGCGGCGUAGUCUUUGCGGCAGAGCAAGUUCUCGCAAAAGACCGCGAGUGGCACAGAAAGUGUUUCAAGUGCAAGGACUGCACUAAGACACUCGACUCGAUAAUAGCCUGUGACGGUCCUGAUAAGGAUGUUUACUGCAAAACCUGCUACGGCAAAAAGUGGGGACCCCAUGGCUACGGAUUCGCUUGUGGAUCUGGAUUCCUGCAAACUGACGGUCUUACAGAAGAAGAAAUCGCAGCAAGUAGACCAUUCUAUAACCCAGAUACAACUUCAAUAAAAGCACCAGCAGGUCAGGGCUGUCCCCGAUGCGGAGGAAUGGUAUUCGCGGCGGAGCAGCAACUUGCCAAAGGCACAAUGUGGCACAAAAAAUGCUUCAACUGUGCUGAAUGUCAUCGGCCUUUAGACUCGAUGCUCGCUUGCGAUGGACCUGACAAGGAGAUCCACUGUCGCUCGUGUUACGGCAAACUUUUUGGACCAAAAGGCUUUGGAUUUGGUCACACUCCAACUUUGGUAUCGACUAAUGGUGACGGCGCACCUUCUUUCAUUGACGCAAAACCGCAAACUGGAACAAAAAGCACCGACGGCCACGGGUGCUCACGUUGUGGCUACCCGGUUUACGCAGCCGAACAAAUGAUCUCCAAAGACAGACUUUGGCACAAACGUUGCUUCAGCUGUGGAGCAUGCCAUCGUUCAUUAGACUCGACAAAUCUAAACGACGGACCCGACGGUGACAUUUACUGUCGCGGGUGUUAUGGACGUAAAUUUGGACCACGUGGAGUUGGUUUUGGUAUGGGUGCUGGUACUUUAACGAUGGCUUAA